AUGAGAUUGAUAAUCGUUCUUGCGGUCGUCGCGUUAGCUCAUGGCGACAAAUUGGACAAGACGUAUCUCCCUCCCUCCCAUGCCGAAUCUUCGGGAGGCUCCAACUUCCUACAGGCGCCUGUCUCGUCACCUCAAUUCGCGCAGAAUGGUAACGGUUUCGCCCAGAACGGUAACGGUUUCGUCCAGAACGGUAACGGAUUCGCUCAGAACGGUAACGGAUUUGCCCAGAACGGUAACGGAUUCGCGCAGAACGGUAACGGAUUCGAGCAAAAUGGAAACGGCCUCACCCAAAACGAAGACUACAAUGUGAACUUCGAGAACCGGCCUGAAAGAGCUCAAGCUGCUUUCGAGAGGAACGCUGCUAUUCUUCGCCAGGACAACUCCAAUGACGGAGAAACCUAUGCGUUUGCCUAUGAAACUGAGAACGGUAUUGCUGCUGAAGAGAACGGAGUAGCGACUAAUGGUGUUGAGGCUCAGGGCGGGUUCUCUUACACUGGUGAUGAUGGUCAAGUCUAUAGUAUCAGAUACACAGCCGGUCAGAACGGUUUCGUACCCGAGGGUGACCACCUCCCUACCCCACCACCUAUACCAGAGGAGAUCCUGAAGGCUUUGGAGCAGAAUGCCAGGGAUGAAGCCGCUGGCAUUUAUGAUGAUGGUUCCUACAAAGAAGGCUCAUACGGCAAUGCUGAAGAAUACAAUGCUGGCGUCACCGGAUUCCAAAACCAGUAUCCUCAAAAUGAUUUCGUAUCCUCUGAUGAUUCCGUAGUCAUCAAUUCGGCAAUCCGCAGCAAUAUGAUUGAUCAAGGAAAUGCCAGAUACCAGGGUAAUGACGCAAGAAUACAGGGUAACGGUGACAGGUACCAGGGAAAUGACGCCAGAGUCCAGGGGAAUAGUGGCAGAUACCAGGGAAAUGAUGGCAGAGCCCAGGGUAACGGUGAUAGAUACCAGGGUAACGGUGCCGUACGCCAGGGUAAUGGUGCUCCCUUCGGACAGACUUCUGGCAGGUCAGGUUCUGCUCUGAAUAAGGAGUACCUGCCUCCAAUUAGUCAGAGAAAUAACAAUGGUUUCGGCAACAGGAAUAGGCAACCAACCUACAACGAAAGAGAAGGAUACAGUUUUUGA